AUGGCCUCACCCGCUCCUCCAGACAAGUUGCCCGCGUUCGACAACUCGAUCGGCGCUUUCGUCAGUCCCGGGUUUGCGCCGAAGCCGCCGUUGAGGGCGAAGUCUGCGUCGGCGCGAGCAAGCAGAGCUGAAAUCUUCGCACCAACCUCCACUCCACCCCUUCUCUUCGCUCGCUUUCCAGUUGAUCGGGACGUUCUUGGCCGUGUUUCUCGUGGGUUCAGCUCGGUGGAUCGAGUCAAGUCGUACGCUCAGGCUGAUCUGCCUCACGGUGUUAUCUCGUUUCAGGGCGGUGUUACGCAAGUGCUCCUCAACAUCGCAGCCCGGCCGUAAUGCCCUGACCUACUUAUGUUGACUCCAUCGAUCGCAUCCUUCCUCCUUGUACAGUACUACUCAAUGCUUCACGUACCACCUGCGCUUCCAUCGCACCGAUCGUCUCGUGUACAAGGUCGUCGUCUACGGCUUGUUCGUGCUCGAUACGGUGCAUUCGGCGUUUUGCUGGUGAAUUUACCGUCGGGGUCCCUGGAACUUGUUUGGACAACUCUGACAUGGCAUUCAUACUCCAUUCUACUCUUGCACCAUCCAUACUCUCUGUAGCAUGACCAUCUACUGGUGGGCCGUGACCCACUACACCAACCCCGCCGUGCUCUCCGUCAGCCCUUGGACCUUCACCGUCGAUCCAGCCGUGACCGCGAUCGCGACCAUCAUCUGCCAGGCUUUCUUCGCGUACCGCGUCUACGUCAUCUCCGGUCGCAAAAUUUUCGUGCCCGUGCUCAUUAUGACGCUCAGUGUAUUGCAAUUCGGUGAGUGCGCUGGCUUCUCUCACAAACCGAACAAGGUCCGGCACUCAGAAGCUGACGGGUCCAGGAGCCCCCUCGUCACCAUAGGCUUUGGUGUCGCGUCAAGCUUCAUGAUCCACUUCCUCGACAGCAAGUUCUCGCGCUUCCACGAGUUCACGUACGGUGUGGCCACCUGGCUCGUCUCUGCCGCGUGCGCAGACAUCCUCAUCACCAUCUCCCUCGUCUACUACCUUCAUCGAGCGUCCAGCACGAUCGAAUACUCCAAGAUGCACACCGUCGUCGAGAGGAUCAUCCGUCGUACGAUCGAGACGAACGCUUUGACCAUGCUUGUCGCCGUGACGGAUGCGAUCCUCUUCAGCACUUGCCCCGGAUUGGCGUGGCACGUCAUCCCCAACUUCUUGUUGGUCAAGUUGUACUUCAACUCGCUGUUGGUCUCGCUCGUCAAUCGGCCUUCAUUGACGACGCCGAAUGGGAGUGAACAGUUUUUGGGGCAUGGAACGGAUGGGGAGGUGGGAGUUGGAGAUACGAGGUGGUCAGGAUACACGACCUCGCUCAAAGGUGGUUCACCAAUCAUCUCCACCGGAGGUUCGAGCUUUGCGACGGCAGUUCAUCAUAGGCCUCAGAUCACGGUACAGACGCAGUAAGUUCCCUUGACGGUGCCGAUAUACGUAAAACUUCACCACCAGUCGACUUGGCUCAUACCUUAUCACCCACAGAUCCGUCAUCGAAUGCGAGAAAGCUCACCCCUACACCCACGGCGCCAAUGCGGUCAGCGGAGGAGCGAUGCUCGAGUCCUCGGUCGAGGAAACAGAGGUCAGUCCUCGCUCUUCACCCCAGCCCACCACUAUGUAG